AACACAUACGUUUUUUAACACAUCGACGAGGGGAAGGAUUUUAGCCAGAUGUUAGUAAACUAGGCACUAAUGUCGCAAAUGACUCUACGAUGUCAGAAGGGACAGUUUCGUCACGUUUGUCAAUCAACCCCACAAGUGGCAACUCUCAGGCUAACCACAACGAUGUCUCGGAGGCGGCUUGACAACCGCAAUGGACCUACUGUGUUACUUGGAGAAAUUCAAACCCUUAUCAAUACGGAACCGAUGGACAGUAUGUACGAAAUCACCGGCGAGUUGGGCAGAGGGAAAUUUGCAGUGGUGAAGCGGUGCAUGGAGAAGGCUACGGGAAAGAUGUUCGCCGCCAAGUUCCUGCGGAAGCGGAGGCAGGGCCGAGAUUGUCGGGCCGAGGUGGUGCACGAGAUGGCCGUGCUGGAGGCGGCCCGCAACAACCCUCGUGUGGUCAACCUGCAAGCUGCCUACGAGACAGACCACGACAUAAUCCUGCUGCUGGAAUAUGCGGCAGGAGGUGAGAUCUUUGACUACUGUGACUGUGAUGAGCUGCUCCCAGAGGGCCAGAUCACACGCCUGAUCAGACAGAUGCUGGAGGGCGUCCACCUCCUCCACCAGACCAGCGUGGUGCACCUGGACCUCAAGCCCCAGAACAUUCUCUUGACCAGCCUGGCUCCGCUGGGGGACAUAAAGAUUGUGGACUUUGGCCUGGCGCGCAAACUGGGCACAGUCGGAGAGCUCCGAGAGAUCUUGGGCACGCCCGAGUAUGUGGCUCCAGAAAUUCUAAACUACGAGCCUAUCACCACAGCAACUGACUUGUGGAGUGUGGGGGUGAUAGCCUACAUGCUGGUGACGGGCGAGUCUCCGUUUGCAGGGGACGACAAACAGGAGACGUACCUGAAUGUGUCCCAAGUCAAUGUGGACUACAGCCAAGAGGCCUUCUCCAGGGUGUCGGAGCUCGCCGUCGACUUCAUCCGCAAGCUGCUGGUCAAAACACCAGAGGACAGGUCCAGUGCAGCCGACUGCAUGACCCACCCCUGGCUGUGGCAUCAAUACCCAAUUACCGAGCCCAUCACGCCACAUACACCCCGCGAGAGGAGCAGAGGUAACAAGUGGGCUGCCCCACCCGAGGACCCAGAAGACAAGGAGAACUUCACCUUGGACUCGCACCACACCCACGCCAAGAGGUUUCGGUUUGAGGUGGAGACGCCCGCCUCCGACUUUUGAGGGGGAAAGAGCGACGCAAGCGCCCUCCCUCCUGCGACCUCCCCUUAUGAUUUUAUUGGUUUUAUGCAGCAAUGAACCUGCAGGCAGCACUGUUGCCUACCCAAGAGCUAUUCAGUUCUGUUCUACCGCUCGCUUGUAUCCAGUGUGUCCGGCCAAACCAAAGUUAACCAGGUUACUUUGUGAUCUAAUGAGUAAUAGUAUUUUAUAGUGAGCUGUUUUUGUCUUUUGUUUUGUCUGGUUCAUUUAUGUCCCUGAAUUUACAGAGAAUGGUGGCCAGGUAUAUCUCAAGGGAAAUCUAUGCUAUACUGUUUUACCACAAACUUUUAAGACAUUUUAAACAGUCAGCAAAUUAUUACUUGACCAUUUUUGCUAGAAGGCUAAUAAGUUGUCGUAAAAGUGUUCUUAGACGCCCCAAAGUGUUUUUAGUAUUUUGUGCUAAAAGCAUUCGAAAGAACAUUGAGCUGUGCAUAUACAAGCUAAAUCAGUCUAUUUGAGGUCGUGAAAGUAAAGUAUCCUCGUACUAUAUGCUUAUUUGCUUGACCCAAGAUGUGCAUUUACCUCCCUACUCUCAAACAAGCAUCAGCUUCGGGCCAUGGCUUAUGCCGAGUGGCAUAUUACAUUCCAUUCCAUCUGACAUUCCCUUGUCUAGUUCUUAGACACUCUACAACACACCACAUCUGAAAACAGGUCAUUGAAGACAGGUUUUCUAUGCACACAUUACCCAGCCUUGGCCUGCAUAAUAAGUAAGCCAAUGAGUCACGCUAUUUUCUGUCAAUUACAGUGUUUAUUGUUUACCUGAACUCUCCUGGUUUACAAUUCCACAGUAAUAGAGGCGGUUUAAGAGGGCUCUAAAAAAGGUGACUCAUGGACAGUUCACACCACACCCAUGCUUACUCAAAUGUUUCUGCAAAGUUGUCAGUUCCUCUUUAAUCAUUAGCUUAAGGCAAAUGUGACUGAAGCACUUUCUAUUUAUCAUCUGGGUAUUUCAUGAAUUACUGGAAAAUAACCAUGUCCUCUGAAGUGUUUUUAAUUCCAUGUUUUUUUUAAAAGUAUAACUUGAAAACAACUUAUUUUCUGAUGUUCACCAAAGUAAUCUAAUCUGUAUCCCUUUAAUCAUCAUUAAAAAGCUAUUCCAUUUUUCUAGGGCUAGGAGUCCUUUAAAGCUCAAAGGGAAUCAGGUACAGUGCAUUUGGAAAGUAUUCAGAACCUGACUUUUUCUACAUUUUGUUAAUGUACAGCCUUGUUCUAAAAUUGAUUAAAUAUUCCCCCCCCCCCUUCAAUCUACACACAAUACCCCAUAAUGACAAAGCAAAAACAGGUCUUUAGAAGCACAUUUGGCAACAAUUACAGCCUCGAUUCUUCUUGGGUAUGACGCUACAAGCGCGGCACAACUGUAUUUGCGGAUUUUUGUCUCUGCAGAUCCUUUCAAGCUUCCCCAAAUACAGUUGGGGAGAAUGGUGUCAUGAUAAUGGCUGGAGCAGAAAAGGUGGAAUGUUUGAUGCCAUUCCAGACAUUAUUAUGAGCUGUUCAAGUGACAAAAAAUGGACUUGAUUACAGUUGUAGGAGAUUCACUGUUGUAACGCUAUUGUUUUGUAUUGCUGAGACCAAUUGGCACAAUAGUGGACUUUUACAACUUGAUUAUUUGUUGGAGCUCAACUGGUAUAUGACUUUGAUUACCACAGGAGGUUGGUGGCACCUUUUUAAUUGGGGAGAAUGGUGUCAUGAUAAUGGCUGGAGCAGAAAAGGCGGAAUGUUUGAUGCCAUUCCAGACAUUAUUAUGAGCUGUUCAAGUGACAAAAAAUGGACUUGAUUACAGUUGUAGGAGAUUCACUGUUGUAACGCUAUUGUUUUGUAUUGCUGAGACCAAUUGGCACAGUAGUGGACUUGUACAACUUGAUUAUAUUUGUGAGUGCGCCACUGCUUUUUCAUUUUGUACGGCUGUCAGAAUGGACAUUGACUUACAGACGAUCUGGGCCUAUGCCCACCCAUGGUUGCGCCCCUGCCUCGUUGUGAAAUCCAUAGAUUAGGGUGUAAUGAAUUUAUUUCAAUUGACUGAUUUCCUUAUAUGAACUGCAACUCUGUAAAAUCAUUGACAUUUUUUGCAUGUUGUGUUUACAUUUUUGUUCAGUAUAAUAUCCAGAUAUUUCCAGGGACAAUUGUUCAGCACUUUUGGAACUACUGUAUAACAUCAAAAUAUAAGGGUAGGAGAGGAAGUAUGGGGCUCACGUGGGUAACUGGGGGACCCUGAUUUGAUUGGGUAACUGAUUAAUAAAGAAUUAAAAUAA